AUGGGCGCACAGGGCUCCAACCUGGACGACAUCCUGGCCGAGGACAUGCACCACUGGUACCAGAAGUUCAUGAAGGAGUCCCCCUCGGGCCUGGUCACACUGUUCGAGCUGAAGGCCAUGCUGAGCCUGACCGGUAUGACCCAGGAGGCCAACAGCUACGUGGAUCAGGUGUUUUACACCUUCGACAUGGACGGGGAUGGAUACAUAGACUUUGUGGAAUAUAUCGCAGCACUCAGCUUAAUGUUACGAGGGGAAAUUAAUCAGAAACUCAAGUGGUAUUUCAAACUCUUUGAUCAAGACGGAAAUGGGAAAAUUGACCGAGAGGAAAUGGAAACCAUAUUUAAGGCGAUACAAGACAUCACACGAACCUACGACAUUCCUCCGCAGGACAUCGUGUCUCUCAUUUAUGAAAAUAUUGAUGUCAAUGGAGAAGGUGAGUUAACACUGGAGGAGUUCAUCUCUGGAGCCAAGGAUCACCCUGAAAUCAUGGACAUGCUUACCAAAAUGAUGGAUCUGACUAAUGUCCUGGAAAUCAUCCUUGAAGGCCGGCAGAAUGGCAUUUAA